UGAUUUUCAAAUGUUGGGUUUGUUUGUAUAAUUUCAAAUGUUGGGGUUUAAUUUGCAAUAUUCCCGAAUCCCGACUACUCAUUCUAAAAUAUAAUCAGACCUUCGCGUCUUCUUUAACAGUUAGUUCCAUACCAUCGUCGCAAGCUCUCAUCUUCUUCAGCUCAAAAAGCCAUCUCAAAGGUAUAUUUUGAAUCAAAAACAAUGGCAGGGACUAAUGAUUCUUGUCCUUUGGUAAAGAACAUUCUUCUUCUAGACUCUGAAGGAAAGCGUGUGGCUGUCAAGUAUUACUCCGAUGAUUGGGCAACUAAUGCUUCCAAGUUAGCUUUUGAAAAAUAUGUCUUCUCGAAAACCUCCAAGACCAAUGCUCGCACAGAAGCUGAGAUCACACUGUUGGAGAGUAAUAUUGUUGUCUAUAAGUUUGCCCAGGACCUGCAUUUCUUUGUUACUGGAGGUGAAAAUGAAAACGAGCUCGUCUUAUCAUCUGUUCUUCAAGGCUUUUUUGAUGCUGUUGCGUUACUUCUGAGGAACAAUGUUGAAAAGAUGGAAGCCCUUGAAAACUUGGAUCUCAUCUUUUUGUGCCUUGAUGAGAUGGUUGAUCAAGGGAUGGUACUUGAAACAGACGCGAAUGUUAUUGCGGGGAAAGUAGCAAUGCAAAGCGCAGAAGCAAGUGGUUCACUCUCUGAACAGACAUUAACUCAAGCAUUGGCAACAGCUCGGGAGCACCUUGCGAGAAGUCUUCUUACAUAAAUUUUCAUCGUGGGAGCGAAAUGAUAUAUUCAUAAGCCCUUGUAACCAACCAUAUCUGAAAUGGUUACCCGUUCACUAGAAAUCAACCCCUAUUGACUUAACUAUCUCAUGACUUUGUUUUCUUAUGGUUUUUUGGUGGAACUUAGAUCUUUUAUUCGCCUGUUCUUGCGGAACCAUCUUUUUAAAUGUGAGGAUCAACAUUGCACUAGUGAUUGAUUGCUUUACAUAUCUAAGACGGUUGAUCUUAAGUGUUGCGAUUUAAGAUGGGAAAUCUCUCAUAAGCUAAGUCGUUCAGUGGCCCAAUCAAAGUGGAAAUAAAGAACGGUUUACCGUUUAGACGUCAA